UCCUCAAGAAGAAGUUUUGUCCCAAGAACCAUGUAAUAAGACUCAAAAGGCCUUAGUGUAGACUUCUGUAGCUCACCAUCUUCCUUUCUGAAGUUUUAUGGAAAUUCUUCAGAUAAUACAUUCUGUCUUGAUGAGGAAGAGUCCUUUAAAGAAAUAUGGUGAAUUACUACAAAGUCCUAGGAGUGCCUCAAAAUGCUUCCUCCUCUGAUAUUAAGAAGGCCUAUCACCAGUUAGCGCUUCAGGUCCACCCAGACAAGAACUCAGAAAACCGGGAGGCAGCUGAGGAGAAGUUCAAACAAAUAGCAGAGGCCUAUGCAGUCUUGUCAGAUGCCAAGAAACGAGACAACUAUGACAACACCAGGAGGCACUGCAUCAAAAGGGAAAACAGAGGAGAUGGCAGGGACAAGGAUUAUUUGAAGGAGGAACUGCGCUUUGCAAGGCCACACUGUGACUUUCAAAGCAUCUUUGAAGAUCAAGACUUCUUCUCAGGAGGCUGUUUUCCCACUGACAGUGUGGGAGGGGCCAGGAGAUUCCGCUCCUCCUUCUUUGAUGUGACCCCCAUCCCGGAUACAGGAUUUUCCACUUUUGUAUCCACGGGCUCUGGGCCAAAUUCCCCUUCCUCCAGGACAUUUGUACCCUUCAUAAGCAGUGGAAUGGGAAACUUCAAACUGGUCACCACUUACAGCCAGAUAGUGAAUGGCAAGAAAGUGGUUAUAAAGAAAGUUCUAGAAAAUGUCAGCCAAAAGACCGAAAGGGGAAAAGAACAUCUGUUUCAUCAGAUUCCUCCACGCCAUGGGAAAUUGACGGAAAAUCCCUGCUACUGAUGACAAGAAAUGAUGUGUUGACAGGACUUCAGUUAAAACUGGGGCCUGCUCUGAAAAUCUACGAGUAUCAUGUAAAACCUCUUCAGACAAAGCAUUUAAAGCACAACUCUUCCUAGUAGUCAAAUUGGGGUCUUGGACCUCAAAAAAUACAUAAUGAAAGAAUUUGGUUUCAUGUGAUGAAACUUUGUAAACAGAAUACAUACAUGUGUAUAUGUAAAGAAUUUCAAUCAAAUGAAACGUUAUCCUAUGGGAUAGACUAGGCAAUCCAUCGGCUAACCUGAACUCAGCCAGGAGGAGUGAGGACAUGGGAACAGGAUGGUUUACCUUGUUGACCUAGUCAAAUAGAGUGGUCUUUGAUGAGAUUAGAUACCCUUCCCCACAAGGAGGGUUUUCUUCAUAGAUUACUUUCCCAAAUUCCUUGAAAAAAGAACUGAAUGGAAUGAACAUCUUCCAGUUACAGGUGUAACUGACUGUAACAGGAAAGAUCAAAAGCAAGAAAACUUGGGGAGGGGGAUAAAAGAGAAAGGGAUUGCACCUCCCUUGGAGUCCUCUGCUCCUUAGAGCUUGUGUUAUUUGGAUGGAAUUGCCAACACCCUUUUUUAUAGAGGGUCCUCCACUUGACCUUAUUAAGGUUUCACUGGGAUAUGCUGCCAUGUUGGAGAUGGACGUACAUCAUGGCCCCUUUAGGAGCAGAACUGUAGCUCUGGAAAGAGAAACUCUGUUGUGUUUUGGGGAUAUCCAUCUAUCUUCAGUUAGCUUCAUGGGGGUUAAUGGUAUUUUCUGCAUAGAUCUGCUUUUAAAUUGAUUCUUGGUUUCUGAAGAAGACUUUUUUUUCACAUUAUGGUUUGUAUUUAUAAUAAUUUGUUUCUGAAGAAAUUUGCCAAGAGUUAUAGAUCAAAAAGCCUUGUUACCAGUACAGAAUAUUUUUCUAUAUAUAUAUUCCUUCAUGAUGGUGUAAUAUUUUUUUAAUUGCUCCAAUGCUUUGUUUGAUUUCUUAUUUGAGUACUUGUUUUUAAGAACUUGAAAAAGUGGGCUUGCUACAUCUCUGUUCAAAGAGACAUUUGUUCAGUCUCUGUGUGUCAAUGCCAUAUUGAACUGGUGCUUUGUGGUCACAAUAAAGCAUUGCUUAAGUUUA